GCCCUGAGGCCAGCAGUGAGGAUGGGGACAGGAAAGCUUUGAAGAAGCUCAUGUAAGGGAGUGAAGGGGUUAAAGUGCAGCUGCAGUUGGCCCUGGAGGCUGAUUGUGGAGAUCUCCCUGGGAAGGAGGAAGCCCUGGGACUUGAGGAAGGGGAGUGGAGUGGAGUGCAGGCUGGAGUGGGAGGAAGGGGAGUGGAGUGCAGGCUGGAGUGGGAGGAAGGGGAGUGGAGUGCAGGCUGGAGUGGGAGGAAGGGGAGUGGAGUGCAGGCUGGAGUGGGAGGAAGGGGAGUGGAGUGCAGGCUGGAGUGGGAGGAAGGGAAGGGGAGUGCAGGCUGGAGUGGGAGGAAGGGAAGGGGAGUGGAGGCUGGAGUGAGAGGAAGGGGAGUGGAGUGCAGGCAGGGGUGGCAGCGUCAUAAACUCUGAUCUUCUGGAGAGGAACUGCUGCAGGAGUCACUGAGCCCCCUCUCCCUCCUUGGGAUCUGACUCCCGGCAGAGGAAGCACUUCCUACCUACAGCACGAUGCUGCAAACACUAUAUGACUGCUUCUGGUAUCACCGGCUCUGGUUACCGGUCAAUCUGACCUGGGCAGACAUUGAAGACCAAGAGGAUCGAGUUUAUGCCAAAGCCUCUGACCUGUACAUCACCAUUCCUCUGGCCUUUGUAUUCCUCGUAGUGAGGUACUUCUUCGAAAAUUAUGCGGCCAGUCCGCUUGCGAGGAUUCUUGGGGUGAAAGACAAAGUCCGACUCCGUGCAGCAUUCAACCCAGUGCUAGAGAAAUUUUACACCCAGUCAUCAAAACAUCCGAAACAGACAAACUUGGAGAACCUUUCACAAGCAAGUAAUUUCACUGUACGCCAGGUGGAGCGAUGGUUCCGCAGGAGGAGAAACCAAGACCGGCCAAGUUUGCAGAAAAAGUUUCGUGAAGCCAGUUGGAGAUUCACGUUUUAUCUUCUUGCUUUCAUUGCUGGCAUGGCUGUCCUUGUAGACAAGCCAUGGUUCCACGAUCUCCGGGAAGUCUGGAAGGAUUUCCCUAAGCAGACCAUGCUGCCUUCCCAGUACUGGUAUUACAUGAUUGAACUGGGUUUCUACUGGUCUCUGCUAUUCAGUGUAGCAUUUGACGUCAAGCGGAAGGAUUUCAAAGAGCAGAUUAUCCAUCACGUGGCAACAAUUAUUCUCAUCAGCUUCUCCUGGUGUGCAAAUUACAUCCGAGUGGGCACCUUGAUCAUGGCAGUUCACGAUGCCUCCGACUACUUCCUGGAGUCCGCGAAGAUGUUUAACUACGGUGGAUGGAAAGAGACCUGCAACAGCAUUUUUGUAGUAUUUGCCAUUGUGUUCAUUGUAACAAGAAUCAUUAUAUUUCCGUUUUGGAUCAUACACUGUACCUGGGUUUACCCACUGGAGAUCUACCAGCCUUUUUUUGGUUACUAUUUCUUCAAUGUGAUGCUGUGUAUUCUCCAAUGCCUGCAUAUCUUCUGGGCCUACCUCAUCCUCGGCAUGGCUCAUAAGUUCAUCACAGGGAAGCUUGAACAAGACGAAAGAAGUGACCGAGACGAGUCAGAUAUUCCAGAUGAAGAGGAUGAACGAGAACCUGUCAAGAAUGGGGCAGCAUUUUCCAAUGGUCAUUCUGUGCAGAACAACAAUCACCACAAAGCAGAUUGACCUCCGCCUACAAGAACACAGAUGGUUGGUCCUCACAACCCUUGCCGGAGGAAGAAGUUGUAAGGAACACUUCAUGAGACAUAGUUCUAAUCUUAACUUUGUAUUCACACUACUGUAACAUGUUACAUCAUCUCAAGCAAGGACUCUGAAUGACAUUUCAAAGACUUUUUGUUCAAGCAAACUCUGAGUCUUCGAAAGGCUGAGGUGACGAGCUUCUGCUUGAGAACAAUUUUUAUUAAAAGAAAAAUAUUGUGUACUAAGCAUCUGGUACCAAUAUUCACACACCAACUAGGAAACCCUCAAGAAUUUAUGAACUCGCCCACUCUCUAAAAAAUCCAUUCAGAGAGGAGAUGAGCAAACCAAAGACCUUUGUAGGUAAUCUCCUUCCUAAUUCCGGAGGAGCAUUCUGUGCCUUACAUGGAUCUAGCACAAGUAAUAAUGUUUCAGUCCAGCGACGACCAUCUUCUCUGUAUUUUAAAGCUGAAUAUUUGUACAGGUGUGGAGUAUGAGUCAUAUGACCUGGAAAUUGAAUGA